GCCCUAAGCCAUCAGCAAUCCUUAGCAUAGGGGCACACUCAUGCAUUCCUGUCAAGUCAUCUUGUGAAAGGCUGCCUGCUUCCAGCUUGGCUUGGAUGUGCAACCUUAAUAAAACUCACUGAGGUCUGGGAGAAAAUAGCAGAUCUGCAGCAGAUAGGGUAGAGGAAAGGGUCUAGAAUAUGUACACGCAGCUGACUCAGGCAGGCUCCAUGCUGAACGGUCACACAGAGAGGAAACAAUAAAUCUCAGCUACUAUGCAAUAAAUAUCUCAAGUUUUAACGAAGAAAAACAUCAUUACAGUGAAAUAAAAAAUUUUAACAUUUUAGAACAAAGCUAACAAAUGGCUAGUUUUCUAUGAUUCUUCUUCAAACGCUUUCUUUGAGGGGGAAAGAGUCAAACAAACAAGCAGUUUUACCUGAAAUAAAGAACUAGUUUAGAGGUCAGAAGAAAGGAGCAAGUUUUGCGAGAGGCACGGAAGGAGAGUGCUGGCAGUACAAUGACAGUUUUCCUUUCCUUUGCUUUCCUCGCUGCCAUUCUGACUCACAUAGGGUGCAGCAACCAGCGCCGAAGUCCAGAAAACAGUGGGAGAAGAUAUAACCGGAUUCAACAUGGGCAAUGUGCCUACACUUUCAUUCUUCCAGAACACGAUGGGAACUGUCGUGAGAGUACGACAGACCAGUACAACACAAACGCUCUGCAGAGAGAUGCUCCACACGUGGAACCGGAUUUCUCUUCCCAGAAACUUCAACAUCUGGAACAUGUGAUGGAAAAUUAUACUCAGUGGCUGCAAAAACUUGAGAAUUACAUUGUGGAAAAUAUGAAGUCGGAGAUGGCCCAGAUACAGCAGAAUGCAGUUCAGAACCACACGGCUACCAUGCUGGAGAUAGGAACCAGCCUCCUGUCUCAGACUGCAGAGCAGACCAGAAAGCUGACAGAUGUUGAGACCCAGGUACUAAAUCAAACUUCUCGACUUGAGAUACAGCUGCUGGAGAAUUCAUUAUCAACCUACAAGCUAGAGAAGCAACUUCUUCAACAGACAAAUGAAAUCUUAAAGAUCCAUGAAAAAAACAGUUUAUUAGAACAUAAAAUCUUAGAAAUGGAAGGAAAACACAAGGAAGAGUUGGACACCUUAAAGGAAGAGAAAGAGGACCUUCAAGGCUUGGUUACUCGUCAAACAUAUAUAAUCCAGGAGCUGGAAAAGCAAUUAAACAGAGCUACCACCAACAACAGUGUCCUUCAGAAGCAGCAACUGGAGCUGAUGGACACAGUCCACAAUCUUGUCAACCUUUGCACUAAAGAAGGUGUUUUACUAAAGGGAGGAAAAAGAGAGGAAGAGAAACCAUUUAGAGACUGUGCAGAUGUAUAUCAAGCUGGUUUUAAUAAAAGUGGAAUCUACACUAUUUAUAUUAAUAAUAUGCCAGAACCCAAAAAGGUGUUUUGCAAUAUGGAUGUCAAUGGCGGAGGUUGGACUGUAAUACAACAUCGUGAAGAUGGAAGUCUAGAUUUCCAAAGAGGCUGGAAAGAAUAUAAAAUGGGUUUUGGAAAUCCCUCCGGUGAAUAUUGGCUGGGGAAUGAGUUUAUUUUUGCCAUUACCAGUCAGAGGCAGUACAUGCUAAGAAUUGAGUUAAUGGACUGGGAAGGGAACCAAGCCUAUUCACAGUAUGACAGAUUCCACAUAGGAAAUGAGAAGCAAAACUAUAGGUUGUAUUUAAAAGGUCACACUGGGACAGCAGGAAAACAGAGCAGCCUGAUCUUACACGGUGCUGAUUUCAGCACCAAAGAUGCUGAUAAUGACAACUGUAUGUGCAAAUGUGCCCUCAUGUUAACAGGAGGCUGGUGGUUUGAUGCUUGUGGCCCCUCCAAUCUAAAUGGAAUGUUCUAUACUGCGGGACAAAACCAUGGAAAACUGAAUGGGAUAAAGUGGCACUACUUCAAAGGGCCCAGUUACUCCUUACGUUCCACAACUAUGAUGAUUCGACCUUUAGAUUUUUGAAAGCGCAAUGUCAGAAGCAAUUAUAAAAGCAACAAAUAAAUCUGGAGAAGCUGCCAGGUGAGAAACUGCUUGAAAACUUCAGAAGCAAACAAUAUUGUCACCCUUCCAGCAAUAAAUGGUAGUUAUGUGAAGUCACCAAGGUUCUUGACCGUGAAUCUGGAGCCUUUUGAGUUCACAAGAGUCUCUACUUGGGGCGACAGUGCUCAUGCGGCUCGACUGUAGAAAACUCCACUGACUGUCGGGCUUUAGAAAGGGAAGAAACUGCUCAGCUUGCUGUGCUUCAAACUACUACUGGACCUUAUUUUGGAACUAUGGUAGCCAGAUGAUAAAUAUGGCUAAUUUCAUGUAAAACAGAAAAAAAGAGUGAAAAAGAGAAUAUACAUGAAGAAUAGAAACGAGCCUGCCAUAAUCCUUUGGAAAAGAUGUAUUAUACCAGUGAAAAAGUGUUAUAUCUAUGCAAACCUACUAACAAAUUAUACUGUUGCACAAUUUUGAUAAAAAUUUAGAACAGCAUUGUCCUCUGAGUUGGUUAAAUGUUAAUGGAUUUCAGAAGCCUAAUUCCAGUAUCAUACUUACUAGUUGAUUUCUGCUUACCCAUCUUCAAAUGAAAAUUCCAUUUUUGUAAGCCAUAAUGAACUGUAGUACAUGGACAAUAACUGUGUGGCAGAAACAAACUCCAUUACUCCGAUUUUUGAUACAGUUUUCAGAAAAAAAAAAAGGACAUAAUCAAGUAGGGAUGUAUGUGGUGAAAACUUACCACCCCCAUACUAUGGUUUUCAUUUACUCUAAAAACUGAUUGAAUGAUAUAUAAAUAUAUUUAUAGCCUGAGUAAAGUUAAAAGAAUGUAAAAUAUAUCAUCAAGUUCUUAAAAUAAUAUACAUGCAUUUAAUAUUUCCUUUGAUAUUAUACAGGAAAGCAAUAUUUUGGAGUAUAUUAAGUUGAAGAAAAACCAAGUACUCUGGAGCAGUUCAUUUUACAGUAUCUGCUUGCAUGUGUAUACAUACAUGUAACUUCAUUAUUUUAAAAAGGUUUUUAGAACUUCGAUACUCACCCUGUUAUGUCUUGCUAAUUUAAAUUUUGCUAAUUAACUGAAACAUGCUUACCAGAUUCACACUGUUCCAGUGUCUAUAAAGGAAACACUUUGAAGUCUAUGAAAAAUAAAAUAAUUAUAAAUAUCGUUGUACAUAGCAUGUUUAUAUCUGCAAAAAACCUAAUAGCUAAUUAAUCUGGAAUAUGCAACAUUGUCCUUAAUUGAUGCAAAUAAACACAAAUGCUCAAAGAAAUCUACUAUAUCCCUUAAUGAAAUACAUCACUCUUCAUAUAUUUCUCCUUCAGUCCAUUCGCUUAGGCAAUUUUUAAUUUUUAAAAAUUAUUAUCAGGGGAGAAAAAUUGGCAAAACUAUUAUAUGUUAGGGAAAUAUAUAUAAAAAGAAAAUUAAUCAUAGUCACCUGACUAAGAGAAAUUCUGACUGCUAGUUGCCAUAAAUAACUUAAUGGAAAUAUUCCUAUGGGAUAAUGUAUUUUAAGUGAAUUUUUCGGGUGCUUGAAGUUACCACAGUAUUUUAUCAAGAAGUCUUCUCUGCCUGUAAGUGUCCAAGGUUAUAACAGUAGACAGUUUUUAUUAAAACAUGAGUCACUAUGGGAUGAGAAAAUUGAAAUAAAGCUACUGGGUCUCCUCUCUUAUAAAAGAGAAAGUUGUUGGCAAGGUAGCAAUACCAGUUUCAAACUUGGUGACUUGAUCCACUGUGCCUUAAUGGUUUCCUCCAUUUGAGAAAAUAAAGCUAUUCACAUUGUUAAGAAAAAUACUUUUUAAAGUUUACCAUCGAGUCUUUUUUAUAUUUAUGUGUCUGUAUUCUACCCCUUUUUGCCAUACAAGUGAUAUUUGCAGGUAUUAUACCGUUUUUCUAUUCUUGGUGGCUUCUUCAUAGCAGGGAAGCCUCUCCCUCUAAAAACUUCUCGACUGUUUUCAUUUAAGGGAAAAAAAAUGAGUAUUUUGUCAUUUUGUGUUCCUACAGACACUUUUUUAAACCAGUUUUUGGAUAAAGAAUACUAUUUCCAAACUCAUAUUACAAAAACAAAAUAAAAUAAUAAAAAAAGAAAGCAUGCUAUUUACUGUUUUGUUGUCUGGGUUUGAAAAAUGAAAUAUUGUUUCCAAUUAUUUAUAAUAAAUCAGUAUAAAAUGUUUUAUGACUCUGUUAUGUGUAUUAUGUAAUACCUACAUGUUUAUGGCAAUUUAACAUGUGUAUUCUUUUCAUUUAAUUAUUUCGGAAUAGGAUAAUUAGGUAUUUGAAUUUUGUCUUUAAAAUUCAUGUGGUUUCUAUGCAAAGUUCUUCAUAUCAACACAACAUUAUUUGAUUUAAAUAAAAUUGAAAGUAAUAUUUGUGCAA